AGCUACGAAAUACUAAGUUACUAUAUAUACAUUCAUCGACAUAUCCGAACGCUUGUUGAAAAAAAUAAAUAUCCGAACGCUCCAAUAUAUUCAAUUUAUCGCCAAUUUGCACAAUCAAGAAAGCAGAAUGAAGGCGCCGAGGAGGCCGAUCCAUGCCGUGUCAACAUGGGUAAAACGGCAACCACCAAAGGUAAAGGCUUUUCUGGCGGUGAUAUCCGGCAUGGCGAUUCUGGUGCUGCUACGUGCCAUUGUCCAUGAUCACGACAACCUUUUUGUCGCCGCUGAGGCUGUUCAUGCCAUCGGAAUCUCCGUCCUUAUCUAUAAACUCAUGAAUGAAAAAACUUGUGCUGGAAUUUCACUAAAAUCCCAGGAGCUCACUGCUCUGUUUUUGGCUGUCAGACUGUAUUGUAGUUUUGUCAUGGAAUAUGAUAUACAUACCUUACUUGAUUUAGCUACAUUGGGGACUACCUUGUGGGUUAUUUAUAUGAUCCAUUUUAAUCUUAAAUCAAGUUACAUGGAGGACAAAGACAAUUGUGCAAUUUAUUAUGUGGUGAUCCCUUGUGCCGUCUUAGCCUUACUAAUUCAUCCAUCAACAUCACAUCACAUUAUCAAUAGAAUCUUCUGGGCUUUCUGUGUUUACUUGGAGGCAGUUUCUGUGCUUCCUCAACUUCGUGUCAUGCAAAAUACUAAGAUAGUUGAACCAUUCACAGCUCAUUAUGUAUUUGCGUUGGGUGUUGCGAGGUUCUUAAGCUGCACUCAUUGGGUUCUCCAGGUUUUGGACAGUCAUGGCCAUUUACUAGUAGCAUUGGGUCAUGGUCUAUGGCCUUCAAUGGUUCUUUUUUCUGAAAUUGUUCAGACAUUCAUCUUAGCAGACUUCUGUUACUACUAUGUUAAAAGUGUUUUUGGUGGACAGCUGGUUUUGCGCCUUCCUUCUGGUGUCGUGUAGCUGAAGUUUGUGCUAAGUGAUGGAUAAAUUUAGCGUACCACUCUUGCCUUGCAUUUGCUUAUUUUGUGUAUCCUACACAAGUCCAACUUGAUCUAGGUUCUCCAAGGGCAUGAUCAAGGUGGCUGUUCUUGUAAAGCUAGCACUAAGCUAGCACUAUGUAAAUGAGGUAGUUGAUUCUGUGGCAAUCAUAGUUUUAACUUUUUUCUUUAUGGGCUUAAAUUUUAAGGCUUCAGAAAGGGUAGUUACACUUCUAGUUCUCAUGAACUAAGUUGAAUGAUUAAUCUGACAUAAGCAUAGUGCCUGUUUAAUGACAAUAUGAACAACUUGAUUGUAAAAGUUAGAGCAUUUGUGACAUCUCAAAUUAAAUUUCGUGA